AUGGUGAUGCUUCAUUUUGAAAACGUCAAAGUGUUCCUGGAGAACACUUUGAAGCCAUACGAUCUCAGCUCGGUGGAUUUCAAGACUUCCCACUUACAGUCCUCGAUACUGCUAACCGCCACAAAUGGAGGUAUACUUUCCUAUGCGACCUCGGACAGUAGCGUGCCGAAAAACUCGAUAAACGAAAUAAACUCGGUCAAUAAUUUGAAAAUGAUGAGCUUGCUGAUCAAAGACAAGUGGUCAGAGGACGAAAACGAUCCAGGGGAGCAGAGCUCGAAAAGCUGUUACCCUGUAGAGAUGGACUCCUCCAAGGUCAACAUAUACACCUACGAGAUGGAGGAUCUGCACGCGUGUGUUGGCCAGAUACCCAAUAGCGACCUCCUGCUGCUGUUCCUUGCGGAUAGUACGUUUCCCUACGGGUUGUUGGUGGUCAAGAUAGAAAAGGCCUUGAGGGAACUGACCGAUUUGUAUGGUUACAGACUAGGUUAA